GGGGUUUUGGCCUCUUCGGUUUCUCGCUUCCCCCCUCCUCUCCUCUUCUCUCUUCCCUCUCGCGUCUCCUCCUCUCCUCUCCUCGCUUCUUCGUCUCGCUUGCUCGCUCGCCGGCGGUUGCUGCGGCCGCUGCUAGGCCGGAUCGCCGCCGCCGCCGCCGCCGUCUUCGGGUUUUGGGGGGAGUUCGUGGUGGCGGACGGGAUGGGGUGUAUGCGGCCGUGAGAUUGCUGCUGUUGGUGUGCUGCUUCGUCUUCCGUUCCGUUGCUGUUCGUGUGGUGGUGGUGGUCGGCCGGCCGGUGGGGUUGGGCAGCAAGCAAGAUGAAAAAUUCAACUCGAUCUAGUUUUGGUCCUAGUCAAAGGAAAAAUUGUAGAUCAAAGAGGAGCAAAGGGUUUAAGUCUAAAGUAAUGAAUGGGAUUGCGAAUGAUGUGAGGAAAUCCCAAUUUUAUUACCGGCAACCCAACAAAAGAGGAAAUGUCAAUGGUGAUAGAAGAAAUGAUGAUAGGAAUAAGGCUCAAACACAUGGAGUGACUUCUACUGUGGCUUCAAAGGAAAUACCCAAGAAAUCAAAUAGGAAGGAAAGUCUCUCUUCUAGCAAACCGUACAAUGCAACGACAAACACUUCUAGCAAAUUAAGUAAGGUAUUGACAUCGCCCCCUUCUAGAUUGCCCAUGCUUUCUCCAUCAAAAGGUGUACGAAGUGUACCUUCAACAAGGAGAGAAGAGAGAAGAAAGGAAGAAGCAACACAAGGUUGUCGUGAUCAUUCAUGGAAGAAUGCUCGCCAAGUGAGAACUGAACAAUCAACAACGAGAGAAGAUAGAGGAAAGGAAAAAAAUAGACAUGAUCGUCAUGACCAUUCGAGGAAGAAUGCCCACCAAAUUAGUAGGGAACCUUCAACUCGGAGAGAAGAGAGUGGAAAUAAAAAAGUGACGCAUGACCAUCAGAUCCAUCUGGGGGAGAAUGAGAAUGCCCAUCAAAUGAGAAGUGAACCUUCAACUAGGAGAGAAGAGAGAGGAAACAAGGAAGUGGCGAAAGAACAUCCCAACCUUUUGCAGAAGAAUGCUCGCCCAAUGUGUAGUGAGGACUUGUUGAGAGAUGGAAAGGAUGGUGGACUACGCAUAAGCGAUGAGUGCAGUGAACAUUCUACUGUUGAUCAUGUGAACGAAUUCAAACUCGUCAAAAGGAAAUUGGAGGGAUGUAUCCAAGGAAGAAUUCCAAAUGUGUUGGGUAGGGAGGAAGAUGAUAUUGGCAAUGUGGAGUCCACUAAAGGAAGAAACGGACAAAUGGGAAAAAAGCACAAGAAAAAUCUUGAUGUCAGUGAAGAGUCAAGACAUUUGGCUUCAAAUGGUUCUAUAGUUCAGACGCAAUGUAGAGGAUUUGAAGAUUAUGAAGACGGUCAAGAUUCUAGAUUAGUGAAAGAUGGUAUUUAUGGAGUCUCAAUACCAACUAUUUUAGGAGCUAUCAAGGGCCAUUGCUCCUUACCCGUCGAUGAACCUAUCUGGAGUGGAAUCUUCAAGAUUGACAGCAAGGAAUAUGUACCAUUGGCUGGACAUUUGUCAACCAAAUCGUGCGAGAAUGUAUGUAUGCUGUCAAGAUCUUUGCGUGCCUUGGUCAACGUGACAAAGCAUUCCAGGUUAGAGGUCUGGCCAGCAAGCUUGGGGACAUCAAGUUUCACUGAUGAAAACAUUGCCUUGUUUUUAUUUCCACCCAAAAUGAGACCUGAUGGAAAACUAGAUCAACUAGUUAAGGAAGUCAUUGAGUAUGAUCUGGCCUUACGUGCUGUCAUGGGCAAAACGGAGAUGCUGAUAUUCCCUUCGACAAUGCUGCCUAAACAGUACCAAGCCUUUCAAGGAAAACACUACCUGUGGGGGUUGUUCAGGCCCAGGAAAGAUAUAGUUGGCGUAGCAGAAGAACAAGCAGCACAUGCCAUGUGUCUAGAGAACCAGGAGGGUUCCAAGGAUGGCACAGAACAAGUUGAAUUUCACGGUGUUCCGGAUCCCAACAUGGAUACUGAACCUCAAGACCCUGAAGCAGCGGAGAUGCAAGACGCAGCUGACCGGAACAUGGCUCCCCCAAUCGGUGGAUCAAACGCAUCCCGGGCCAAUCAUCCUUCAAUGGCUGCUACCCAACCGGCAAAUCGUGAACAGAUCGACCCAAGCUUAGGAAUUCCCCAAGGCAGGAUGUUUGCUUUUGUUGCUCAGCCAACUCCAAGAUUUGAGCAACUCAUGCAAGAGCUGGAACGCGAGGGCGCGCUGAUAUCAACGAUGCCAAGGGUGACAUAUGGGCCCGGCUGUGGCCAAAGCCAAGCAACAACGGCAAAGGGGUAGCAAAUGUGCUUCCCUUGAUCUGAACUUAGGCUGGCUUUUGCAUAUACUGUCGUUUGUUUGUGUCAAUCCGAAGGAGGUAGGUAAGCAGUUUACAGGUUUCAGGUUUUUUUGUGCAUAGAGAUACAUAACAUCUCUUAUGCUGAUGUAGAUAGUUGAAUCUGUCUGUCAUGGAAGGAAGCCUGCUUAUAUAGUUCAGGCUGACGUAUCCUGGAACAAAGUCUCGUAGCUGUUGUUAACUUGUUAUUAAUGAUUCCUAUGUAUGGAACAACAUCUAGAGCUACAUGGUUAUUAACUCCUGUUAAUUACAUGGUUAUUCAGAGAUUAGCUCCUGUUA